UGCUUGCUGGAGAGAGAAAAAGAAUGAAAGAAGAAAAAAUUGAAUCCGAUCGAAUACAAAUUUGACGUCCGCAAGGACACUCUCUCUCUGAAAUAACCCCCCUUUCUCUCUCUAGAUUCAGCAGCAAAGAAACAAGACAUACAGCAGCACUUCCUCAAUAGAGAGAGAAAUAAAAACAACAGCAACAGAAAAAAAGAACCUUAAUAUUAGAUUUUUGAAGAGGUUGAGCGAAACAAAAUAAAACCCUAGGGUCUUGUGUGCUUCUAAAACAGCUCAGUUGUGUUCUUUUUCUCUCUCUCUUUCAGCCUGUAGUUUCAUUGAAAGAGAAAUCUUGUUGAGAGACUAUCAGCCUCACUACUGUUUGAGAAUUGUAUUGUGAGAUUCAUGCGAGAACCAUUUAAAGAUUGCUGUUCGUGUCAAGAUACCGUGGCUGUAGAAUGUUCAGAAUUGAAGAUUCUUCUUUGCUUUUGGUUUUUUUUGGCGUGUGCCUCGUGUUUCAUAGAACGCAGCACCAUUUGCUCAGGCACAAAACCUAUUUGGUGCGCAGUAAGGAUUUUGAGGUCUGCAGGAUUUGGGAGUGUACUUGAAGUGGUGACCGAGUCCAGUUGUCUAAGUGCUUUAUCUUGCUCUGUUAUGUAAUUUUAGGCUAUUCAAUUUAUGUUGUUUUAGAUAGUUUUAUACUUCAAAGAGUUUUUUUGAUUGUGAUUCUUGAUAAGAUGUUACCCUCGGGGCCGCCUACUCCAAUUGGUGGUGCCCAGUCUGUCUCUCCUUCACUUUUGAGAUCGAAUUCGGGGAUGCUGGGAGCUCAAGGUGGCCCUUUGGGUUCUCAAACAGCCUUCCCGUCUCUAGUGUCCCCCCGUACUCAGUUUAAUAACAUGAGCAUGCUUGGAAAUGUGCCCAACAUGUCCUCCCUGCUGAACCAGUCUUUUGGUAAUGGAGGUCCAAAUCCUGGACUUCCUGGCCCUGGGAGCAGUCAGCGCGGAAAUAUUGAUACUGGGGCAGAGUCCGAUCCACUUUCAAAUGGUGGUAAUGGAAUGGGUUUCAAUGCUCCUUCAUCGUCAUUUGUACCAUCAAAUAUGGUUAACCCUGGUCCUUCUUGUCAAGUUCAGGGACAUCAGUUUUCAAACCCUUCUGGCAACCAGUUGUUGCCAGAUCAACAGCAGUCCCAACAACUUGAAGCACAAAAUUUCCAGCAUGGUCAGCAAUCAAUGCAACAGUUCUCUGGCGCUCAUAACACUCAGCAGGUGCAGCAGCAGCACCAGUUUCAAUCAAUACGAGGAGGGUUGGCUGGUGUUGGACCUGUUAAGUUGGAGCCACAUGUGACUAAUGAUCAACAUGGAGCACGGCAACUGCAACAACCUCAGCCACUGAGAAAUAUGGGUCCAGUUAAGUUGGAGCACCAGCAAAUUCAGACGAUGCGAAGUUUGCCAACUGUGAAGUUGGAACCUCAACAUUCAGAUCAAUCUUUGUUUUUACAUCAACAGCAACAACAUCAGCAGCAACAGCAGCAGCAUCAUCAUCAUCAGCAGCAGCAGCAGCAGCAGCAGCAGCAGCAACAGCAGCAGCAGUUCCUUCACAUGUCAAGGCAGUCUUCUCAGCAGGCUGUUGCACAACUAAAUCUUUUGCAUCAGCAAAGGCUGCUGCAGCAACAGCAACUUUUGAAGGCAAUGCCACAGCAACGGCCUCAAUUACCACAACAAUUUCAACAACAGAAUAUACCUUUGAGGUCUCCUGUAAAACCAGUGUAUGAACCUGGGAUGUGUGCCCGUCGUCUCACAAAUUACAUGCAUCAACAGCAGCGCAGACCUGAAGACAAUAACAUAGAAUUCUGGAGGAAAUUUGUUGCUGAGUUCUUUGCUCCCCAUGCAAAAAAGAAGUGGUGUGUUUCUAUGUACGGAAGUGGCCGGCAAACAACUGGUGUUUUCCCUCAGGACGUAUGGCAUUGUGAGAUUUGCAAUCGCAAGCCAGGCCGUGGUUUUGAGGCAACUGUUGAGGUUCUUCCUAGGCUUUUCAAAAUCAAAUAUGAAAGUGGCACUUUGGAAGAACUUCUUUAUGUUGAUAUGCCACGUGAAUAUCAAAACUCAUCUGGUCAAAUUGUCCUGGAUUAUGCAAAAGCAAUACAAGAGAGUGUUUUUGAGCAACUUCGCGUUGUUCGUGAUGGUCAGCUGCGGAUAGUCUUCUCCCCAGACUUGAAGAUAUGCUCUUGGGAGUUUUGUGCUCGGCGCCAUGAAGAGCUAAUACCUCGAAGAUUGUUGAUACCACAGGUAAGUCAGCUUGGUGCUGCAGCUCAAAAGUACCAGGCUGCUACUCAAAAUGCAUCAUCCAAUUUAUCUGUCCCGGAGUUGCAAAAUAAUUGUAACUUGUUUGUUGCAUCAGCUCGGCAACUGGCAAAAGCCUUGGAAGUGCCAUUAGUAAAUGAUCUGGGAUAUACAAAGAGAUAUGUGCGGUGCCUUCAGAUAUCAGAAGUGGUAAAUAGUAUGAAAGACUUGAUUGAUUAUAGUCGAGAAACAGGAACUGGACCAAUGGAGAGUUUGUCCAAGUUCCCUAGGAGGACAGGUGCUUCAAUUGGGUUCCAUAGUCAAGCACAACAGCCUGAGGAACAGCAACAACAACAGCAAACAAUAACUGCGAACUCAAAUAGUGAUCAAAGUUCUGCCCAAGCCACAAUGCAAAUUGCUGCUAGCAAUGGUAUGGCUAGUGUAAAUAACUCACUCAACACAGCAUCUACAACUACCUAUGCCAGCGCUAUUGUUGGGCUUGUCCACCAAAAUUCUAUGAAUUCAAGACAACAAAAUUCUAUCAAUAAUGCAAGCAGUCCCUAUGGAGGAAACUCUGUUCAGAUUCCAUCUCCUGGUUCCUCCAGUACGAUUCCACAAGCACAACCUAACCCUUCUCCUUUCCAGUCGCCAACACCGUCCUCGUCUAAUAAUCCUCCACAAGCAUCUCAUAGUGCCUUGACAGCUGUGAAUCACAUUAGUUCCACAAAUUCACCAGCAAAUAUUCCGUUGCAACAGCCAACUCUUUCUGGCGAGGCUGACCAUGGUGAUUCUCAAAGCUCUGUCCAGAAAUUUUUACAUGAAAUGAUGUUAACCAGUCAACUUAAUGGAACUGGUGGCAUGGUUGGGGUUGGUUCGUUGGGGAAUGAAGUGAAAAAUGUCAAUGGAAUUUUGCCAACAGGUAAUAAUACGGUUCUUAAUGGUGGAAAUGGCCUGGUGGGAAAUGGGGCAGUCAAUAGUUCUGGAAUAGGGGGUGCUGGAUAUGGGACUAUGGGUGGACUUGCGCAGUCUGUAAUGGUCAAUGGGAUCAGAGCUGCAAUGGGUAAUAACUCAAUGAUGAAUGGUCGGAUGGGCAUGCCAUCGAUGGUACGAGACCAGAGCAUGAAUCAUCAACAGGAUUUGGGGAACCAACUGCUUAGUGGGCUAGGAGCAGUUAAUGGGUUUAGUAAUCUCCAGUUUGAUUGGAAACCAUCCCCUUGAAGGUUCUGUUAAUUAUAUUGAUGUCUCCGCAGCUGCUUCUGCGGUACAAGUGUGGGCAGAAUUUCAUAAAAGCCUUGUGAAGAUGGCAUUGCAUUACACCAAGGAAUAGCUUGAGGGCGUGCUUCCCACUUUGUACUAAUUGUCGAGGAAAAGUAAACAUAUAGCAUAGUGUUUUAUCAAAGAAAUAUUAAAUCCUCCUUGAGUUGCCUCAUUUACUUCUAAUUGUUUUCCUAAUUAUGAUUCAAUGCAGCCUCUUUUCUAA